GGCACGCCAGGAUCAAGUUCGCCAACUAUUUUGGCUUGUUUUCGUGGUACGGACUACUCAAGACAACCUAGACAGAGAGAACCGUUAGAUUUGUAAUAUUUGUUUGACAAUACGGAAGGUUCUGAACAACCAACAUGGAAUCUGAAGUAAAGAAUGAGCCCAUGGAUAGUAAGAGUGAGGAGGAGGCGAAGCAGUCCCGUACAGAGUUUGCCAUGGUUGUUUUCCACAACAUUCCAGAAACAUACCCAGCUGAUGCUCACAUACAGUGUGCAUACACCAUCACCUCCGAUCUGGUGCCCACAAGUUACGACUGGGUGGGUCUCUACAAGGUUGGCUGGAUGAGUAUAAAGGACUACCACUACUACGAGUGGGCAGUUAUAUCAAAGAACUACGAGAUUGGCAAAGAGGCCGAUAGUGCUGUUCUCUUUCCAGCUCAUAAGAUGCCUGAUGAUGACGGAGAAUUUUACCAGUUUUGCUAUGUGACCAGUUCUGGACAGAUCAGGGGAGCAAGUACACCAUUCCAGUUUAAAAAACCAAGUGCAGAUGACUAUGUUGAAGAGGAAGACAACGACACAGACAUGCUGAUCAUCAGGUCCAAGUCUGUUGUACUGGAAGAACGACUCAAACUGAUGGAAGAGGAUAAGGCUCGCCUGGAACAGCUACAGGAGGAUAUGGGGAAAGAAACUGAUGGACUUGUUCAGAAGUUGUCUGACCUGGACAGGCAGCUAAUUGAGGCUCAGAAGGAAUGCCACCAUCUGGAGGAGAGGGUCCAGGCAGGGGAGACCUACAUCAGUCAGCUCAACCAGGAAGCCCAUGACAUGAACAUUGUUCGUGAAGAGCUGCAAACUCGUCUGGAUACUCAGAAUCAUGAUGGCGAGGAAAUGGAGGGACGUAUUUCUAGACUUAAUGAAGAAAUCAAAGAACUAAAGGCUGAGAUACGUAAAUUGCAGAAUGAAAAGGACAAGUUUGAGGGUGAAAUGAGAGUGAUGACUGGACAGAUAGAGCUAUACAAGAAUCAUUUUGCUAAGUCUGAGACAUCAGCCAAGGAAACUAAUGAAAAGUUAGAGUCAUUGACCAGGGAGGUGGCUGAGAGUGAAAGUGUUAUCAUUAUGCUGAGGAACCAAGUUGAUGGGCUGCAACAAGAAAUACAGGACAAAGCUAGACAUAUGGAAAAGCAUGUCACCAGCUCGAAAGAUAAUCAGCAACGCAUGGACUGCCUGAUUGAACGUCUGAAAAAUACAGAGGAUAAACUUGAGGCGGCAGAGCACACAAAGAAACUCAUGCAAGAGGAGAUGCAGUGCUACGAGGAGACAAAGGAGAAGAUGUCGUCAGACCUAGAGAAGUCAGAGAGUGCUUGCUAUAUCUUGAAGCAGGUACAAGACAGAUUGACCAAAGAGCUCAAUCAUAUGGCAAGCGACGUGGAAGCCACUAACAGUGAGCUUGAGUCUGUAAGAAAGGAGAUGGCCAAAGUAGAAACAGAGAAUGCAGCUUUGAAUGAUAAGCUGGGAAAGACUUGUGACGUUACAGGAAACUCUCUCAGCUCCCUGCAUUGUCUGCAGAUGGCACAAAAAACACUCAAGGAGAGAUACUCCAAAAUAGAGCAAAGUCAUGGGGAAUUACACACAGAAAUUGGUAAAAAGGCUAAAGAAUACAAACAGAACAUCAAGGAGCUUGUUCGUGAAAAUGAAGAUUUGAAAGAGAGGCUGAAUAUGAGUUCAACUGAGUACAAAACCUUGUACAUUGAAAACAAGAAACUUCAGAAGAAACUGGGCAAAUUGGUCGAAAAAAGGAAGACCAAAAAGAUGGAGAGAAGCAUUUCUGAGAGUUCUGUGUCAAGUCAGACAUUUGUAGUGGACACGCCUGUAAUGUCACCUUCCUCAGACGAUGGUAAAAAAGGUACAGAGCUACAGAGUUCCAGUCAACUGGAGAAAGAGUUGGAGACAAUGGGAGAAGAGCUGAGGAUACGCCAGGAGAAGAAACUCAAGUAUAAGACACUGUACAUUGAAGAGAAGGCCAAAGUAGAAAGCCUGCGUAAACAUUUCCAUGAAGAAAUGCACAAGAAGGAUGAGGAAACGAACCGCCUUCGCAUACGUAUUGAAGAGGCUGCGUCAGCAAAUGAGACUCGAGUUAGAUCCUUGGAGAAAUUUGUAUCAGAAAAAGAGAAAAACAUUGCUCAACUGGAAGGAAAACUGCGAGAUACAAGCAUUUUGUGUGAUGGACCUGUCAGCCCCACUGGAGAGGCUGCCCCCAGAACAUGUGCUGUGCCUGACCAGGGAUCAAGGUUACCCCCUAGCCUGGCGUACCCCACUGGAGCCAUGCCAGUGUUCUAUCCUCUGGUGUACCCUCACCCCUCUCGCCAGUCUUAUGUCACAAGGGUUGCCCCGCCACAGCUUCUGUGCAAGAACCACAGGCCGCUGGAACGCUUGAGAUAUCCUGAGCCUAGCCCCACUCUCCCGCAACCAAAGGCUGUUGGAAGUCUGUCUGACCCACUGAAACCUCUUCCAGCCCCCUUGGUUCCUGAGCGGCUCCACACAGCCAAGACGGCAGCCGUCAUGCCUUCCCAUGGUGAAUUGAUGAAUGAGUUCACAACGGACAAUGUCAUCCCCUCAGCACCACCUGCAGCUGGUCAACUGGAAGAAAAAUUUGAGGAUGCCAUCGGAGAGGCUAUGAAGAUUUGCCCGGUCUGCAGUGAAUCCUUCUCAGCUGAUAUUGACGCUCAGAGUUUUGAUGAUCACGUUUUGGGACAUGUUGGAAAUAUCUGCCCAAUCUGCCAGAAGCUUGUAGAGAAUGCAAGUGACAACGAAUUUCAAUACCACGUCAACAAACAUCUUGAGGACCAGGAUCAGGAGACCAUAUAAAUCACAGAUCCCCAAUUAUGAUCACAAUCAUGAAACUGUCAUGAAAGAUUGCUGUUACUACAAGAAAUGAUGAAGUGAACAGAGUUGUUUAAUUUGACAUGUAUAACAUUUAUUGAAGAAUGAUUAACUUUAAGCUUGUCUUAACAUUAUGAUGACUAUUUUUUUUUUUAAUACAAUAAGAAAAUUAUGUGCUGUAACUGCAAGACGUUAUCUAAACCAAGAUAGAUUGGAUCACAGGUAAUGCUACGGUUUCCUACAAUCCUUUUCUCCCAGCCCAUGUUUUGUUAUUACCUGUAGGAUCAAAUUGUUUGUUAUAUGACUGGCAAAGUAAGAUCAUGUUUACACACAUGUAUCUACUGUAUAGGAGGAACUUUUCACUGUAAAAUGUACGUAGUAAUCCUGGACAUAGGUGAUAAUGGAAGGGAUAUGUAUUGUUGUGCCCCAGUAUCUAUCAAGUCAAUUCUGACCAACUGUAUAUGGAUGUGGCCCAACAUUAAUUGUACAUAGUAUACAUCAUUCAUUGUUCUUUGAUUAUAUUUUGCCAGUUUGUUUGUUUUAAGCUCACUUGAUUUAAAUGCCACGGAGGUGAUUGUUAGUACAGCCAUCAUCAUCACCAAGGUGAUUGUUAGUACAGCCAUCAUCAUCACCAAGGUGACCUCUGCCACAAAUUGUGAACAGAACUUCAUCAGAUUUGAUUACUGGAAACAUCUUCAGGUGGUGGUAUUUCAAACUUGUACAAAUAGAUGGAGGAGAUGAAUCCCCUCCUUCAAACUUGUCCCCCCUCCUAAAUCUGGCUGUCUGGUAAAAGGUGGUAGUGCUAUCUAAUGCGUCACCCUGACACCUUGACUCUGUCCUUGUCAGCAUAUAUUCCUUUAGAUGUAUAUCUACAGUUUUCAACAGAUUUUCAUUUUUUUUAAAUCCAGGCUCCUGGGCCUCUUGAUUUGUUUUUGUGUGGUAUAUGGCAUCAACUCAGUAAAAUUCACUUUGUGUAAUGGUUAUAUUUCAUAAAUGCAUCAAUUUUUUUAGCUCAUUUAGCACGAUGUGCCAGUAAGCUUACGGUAUGGUGCAGCAUCUGUCAUCUGUCCAUUCUUCUUUGAAAAACUUCUUGAAAUCUUCAAGACCCAGGAUCCUGAUAUUUGGGCAGUAGGUACCUUGGACGAGUCUUCAAAGUUUCCUCAUAUAAAUGGCCUUCAUUUAUUUUAAAUGUUACAGGCAUAUAUAUGUUAAAUAUAUCAAACAUCAUUUUCUAAAGAACUAUCAAUUCUAGAGCAAUGCUAUAAGAUAUAGACUAGCAACUUCAGUUUAUUUUAUUUUUCAAUAUGUUGUGUUUUGGUCAAAGGUCAGCUUUGAGUGCUGACUGAAGUCAGAGUUUAACAUGGGCUAUAAACAUUGAUAUUUGUUUCUGUCAAUGAAAUUGUCCUAACUGUAUAAGAAGUCACACCCUACUCAUGAAAUACAAAAAAUGUCUUAACACAAAAAUUGAAAAAACCCACUUAAUUGAUUAGUUUGGUAUAUAUGAUUGUGACAUUGAUUUACUUUGGUUUCUAAUGAUAUAAAGGUUUCUGGCGAUUUAGAUAAGUGAGAUUGAUAUCGGACAAGAAAUUGAACUGAUGAUUACAGACAUGUUAUUUUCACGUAUAGUACCUUUUUGUAUUUAAUAUGAGUAGGGUUUAACUUCUUAAUGUCAGUACCAUUUUUUAUUGACAGAAGCAAAUGCCUGUGGCUAUAAAGGGUAAAGAAAUAUCUUCUUUUGAAGUUCUUAAAGUCCAAGGGUUCUGAUAUUUAGCAAGUCAUAAGCCCCAUGUGAAAUUAUUCUCAAGAUCAUAACAUGUGAAAAUGGAUGGGAUGCCAAUACCAUAACAAUAUAUGUGCUUACUGGACAUUAUCACGAUCAUGUUACCAGCAUAAUAAGAUCUUGGGUCUGGACCUGGAGACUUAGUCCGAUAGGCGUAACACUUGUGUUUGUAACAAUUAAGAUCCCAAUCCUAUUACCAUAUAUUCAUAAACAUGUAUAUUGAUCUCUACCAGCUUUGCUAUGAAGAAUAUUUUGGACCAGAGAUUCCCAAUAUAAAUUAAAGGGAGAAUAUUUUGCCAAAACUGCUUAGAUAUCCAUUUGAGUAAUACAGGCCUUCUUGGCCUUUUAUUUUUGUAUUCAUGUUAACUUUUCAUUCUCUUCACACAUAUGUAAUAUUCAUGCAUUUGUUGAGGAUACAAGAUGAUGAACGAUUGUCAACCCUUUACGGGUUGUGUGUCCCAGAUUGAGACUUAAUGGACAAGAUGACCCAGAUGAUUUGAGGUUGUAUGUGGAUAAUAUGGCCAAGGUGCUGGGUUUGAGGCUCUAAGUGGACAGUGUUGCCCAGAGGGUUUGAGGCUGUAGAUCGGCUGAGGUUACAGUAUGGUCCAGCGUUGCGAGACUAUAAAUUGACCAUGCAACCCAAAUGGUUUAAGACCCAGUAGACAUUGAAGUCCAGAUGGUUUGGAGUUUAACUCUUGUUGUUUCGUAAUUUAGCCACAAAAAGACGAGAUUCAACCUACCUUAACUCUCAUUCUUUUGUUUUUUGCCCUGAAAAGUGGAAAAAAGGAUUGAAAUUUACUCAAUCUCGUCUUUUUGCCUCGAAGAAAUGAAGCGGAUCAGCGACCGUAUAUUAGAGAUAUGAUGUUGUACCAGAAGUGAUUUAUGUGGUGAUAAACAUGUAAUUAUUUCAAAUUUGAUACAGAAAGGGGUGACAUAUGAUGAAGGGUUAGCAAUUUGUCUUUCGAGAGUCUGGAAUUGCUUGUAACAAGGUUUUAUACAAAUUUUUCAGCUAAAUGGCAGACUGUUGUACCAUUGCCAUGGUAACUGUGAUACUCUAUGUGUGGUUCAUGUAUCAAUAAAAAUAUUAUAGAAACC